GCUGCAGCCGACUUUUUGUCUCCGCCUCCGCCUAUCAUCAACAACAACAACAACAGAAGCGCCAGCCUCUAUAGAACCCACAGCCUCGUCCACGUCCAGCCUAUCUUUUUUUUUUUUAAAUCUUCUAAAACCGAGCUCCAUUACUUCAACUCGAACUUCACGCAGAAACGCCGACAUGUCCACCUCAAUUUUACCGGUGGAAAAGUAGUUCCACUUCUUGAACUCCAACAGGCGGAAGAGUUAGCUUUUUGCCGAAGGAAGUUUUUCCACCCCCCAUUUUUUUUUUUGGAGCCGGGGAAGCCCAGGCUUGGGGGGAAAGGAGAGUUAUAUGAUGUGGAUUUGGUACAUUCUACUCGGUUCAAGAACUGUUGAGAGCCAGCUGCUCCCAGGGAAUAACUUCACCACAGAGUGCAACAUCCCUGGAAACUUCAUGUGUGGAGAUGGAAAGUGUAUCCCAGGAGGAUGGCAGUGUGACGGAUUGCCUGAUUGCUUUGACAAGAGCGACGAGAAAGGCUGCCCAAAAGUCAAAUCCAAGUGUGGCCCAACAUUCUUUGCCUGUGCGAAUGGGGUCCACUGCAUCAUUGGACGCUUCCGAUGUAAUGGUUUCAGUGACUGUCCUGAUGGGAGCGAUGAGGAAAACUGCACUGGCAACCCCUUGGUGUGCUCUGAGACGCGCUUCAAGUGUCGAAAUGGGCGCUGUGUAGACCGCAGCUUCCUGUGUAACGGCCAGGACAACUGUCAGGAUAACAGUGAUGAGGAGCUCUGCUUAAGUACAGCCGCUCCUGGUCAGGACUUUGUGACGCUGGACUACCGUCUGCGGUACUACCCCAGCAUCACCUAUGCCGUCAUCGGCAGUGCUGUCAUCUUUGUGUUGGUCGUGGCAUUGCUGGCCUUGGUGCUCCAUCACCAGAGGAAGAGGAGCAUCCUGCUGCCUGCUGAUGUGAGAGGAUCCAUGCAUCACCAUCACCCGUUACUACUGUCCCGUUUGGUCAUCUUGGAUCGAGGCCACAUGCAUCCCGCUGGUCUUUCUCCCACUUCUCCCUCCGCAGCUGACGAGUAUAGCUCGGCUCCUCAAACAAUGCAGCUCCUUUCUGAAAGCCUUUGUCCAACUGGCCUUUCUGUGGACACCCCUCCAUCGUAUUCGCAAGCUGUUCUGGAUGUCAGUCGUCCUCCCUGGUUUGAUCUCCCUCCUCCUCCUUACCUCCCAGACGGGGAAGCGGCUUCAGAGGGCGACUUGCCUCGUUACCAUAGCCCUUCUGCAUCUGCUGCACUCAGAACUAUGUCCUUGAACGCCUCAUCUGGAUUCAAUUCUAGACAGGUGUCGGAUGAGCUUUAGCCUCUCUGGUAGACAGUAAAGUUUAGCAGCACAUUCCUCAAUGCAGACCUGCAGCCACAAGGCUGAACACAUUCAUCUUGUAUUUCGUCUCCACCUGCUGGACUUUCUAAAGAACUACAUGUGCCUUAUUUCCGAAUGACUCAGUUCGUGUCAGCAGAAUUUAGUUAUUGGUAAGGAAUACUACCUAUAACCUGCUUAAGGCUUUAGAUACUGUAGUUAGCUAAAGAAAGCGUAUGUUAAAGAGUGCCAAUAAGAUUGUGUGUGUACUUUGUAGAACAGUGGCUCCAACCUUCCAAGGACCCGAGUCUUCAUUGUCAUCCAGAUUGUGUCAAAUAUUUUCAUGCUUAGUGUUAUGUAAAAUAAUAGGUAGCUGCAUUGGUACUUUUUAAAUAAUGUAUCAAUCUUUUAAACUAGGGACUAUUUGAGUUAAAAAAAAAAGGGUAAUUUAAUUGUAUGUAAUAUUACAGGAGGGGAGGGGGAGAAAGCCGGAGUACCCGGAGAGAACCCACGCAGUCACAGGGAGAACAUGCAAACUCCACACAGAAAGAUCCUGAGCCCAGGAUUGAACCCACUAAAAAACCCAUUUCAGUAGUGUGUGUAAGAGUGUUUCAAUAGUGUGUAUGAGAGUGUUUCAGUAGUGUGUGACAGAGAAAAAGAUUUCAGUUGUUUGUGAGAGCAUUUCAGUAAUGUGUAUGAGUGUUUUAGUAGUGUGUAUGAGAGAAAACUAUUUCAGUUGUUUAUGUGAGAGCAUUUCAGUAGUGUGUAUGUGUGUGUGUGUAUAUAUGUGUGUGUGUGUAUAUAUAUAUAUAAAUAUGUGUGUGUGAGUAGUGUGUGUGAGAGAAAACAUUUCAGUUGUUUGUGAGAGCAUUUCAGUAGUGUGUAUAAGAGUGUUUUAGUAGUGUGUAUGAGAGAAAAAUAUUUCAGUUGUUUAUGUCACAGCAUUUCAGUAGUGUGUAUAAGAGUGUUUCAGUAGUGUGUGUGAGAAAAGCAUUUCAGUUGUUUAUGUCAGAGCAUUUCAGUAGUGUGUAUAAGAGUGUUUCAGUAGUGUGUAUGAGAGAAAAAUAUUUCAGUUGUUUAUGUGAGAGCAUAUCAGUAGUAUGUAUGAGAGAAAAACAUUUCAGUUGUUUAUGUGAGAGCAUAUCAGUAGUAUGUAUGAGAGAAAAACAUUUCAGUUGUUUAUGUGAGAGCAUUUCAGUAGUGUGUAUAAAAGUGGUUCAGAAGUGUGUAUGAGUGUUUCAGUAGUGUGUGUGAAUGAAAAAUAUUUCAGUUGUUUAUGUGAGAGCAUUUCAGUAGUGUGUAUGAUAGUGUUUCAGUAGUGUGUGUGUAAGAGAAAAAUAUUUCAGUAGUUUAUCUGAGAGCAUGUCAGUAGUGCGAUUAAGAGUGUUUCAGUAGUGUGUAUGAGAGCGUUUCCCUAGUGUGCGUGAGAGAAAAAAAAUUCAGUUGUGUAUGUGAGAGCAUUUCAGUAGUGUAUGUAAGAGGUAAUUCUGAAUAAGUUCCCUAACUGCCCCUCAUAGAAAAGCCCAUCACAUUAUACAUCGCAUUCACCCACUCAAACACACAAGGCGAUAACCACGACCAAUCAGGAGCAAGGGUGAAAUGUGUUGCCCAACAACACAACGGGCGUGAUUAGGAAGGCGGAAGCUGGAAUCGAACCUGCAACCUAGACGUUGCUGGCACGGCGGCUCUAGCCCCGUUAAUCAGAAUCAGACAUUUAACCGUAAUUUAAUGUAAUUUUGGGAAAACAUGUUAGUAAUAUACAAAAGCAGCAAAUACAUACUCAUAUUUGUAUUUUAUGUUACUGUUGUACAAACGGUUGUAUUAUAUCCUAAGCAGCGGUAAUUUUAGAGGUAUUUUCAAUUCAACUGACUAACUGCAAUACAUUGCCUUGUCCCCCCUCACAAAAUUUCAUAACCGCUUGUUUGUUCUAAAUUAUUCCAGAUACAACAUGGACCAGAUACUUGGACCAUUUAGAUUUAUUGAAAUAGAUUAAGUAACAUUUAGUCUGCUAUUUAGCAGAGCAUUUCCUGCAAACUGGACAUUAAAUGUAUUUUGGGAACAUACACGGUGCAUUAUUAAAAACAAUUAUAAUAUACAACAGUGGAAGAAGCACAUUUCUUGUCAUCCUUUCAACAACAAAAAAAGUUUACUUUUCAUGAAGAUUAUUUAACAUUUAGAUGUCUGUAGAAAAACAAAAAUAUUUAAUUUGUUUGCUGGAAUUUUGUGCAUAGGAAUUUGGGUAAUUGAAUUGUUCAUUAAUUAUUGACAGUGGUCAAUGAAAUCAUUAUGAAGGAUCUGUGUUUAAAUGUGCUGUAUGUUUGUCUUGGUGCCUUUUGUUUACAAUCUGCCCUGUAAAUUAAGAAAUAUUGGCAUCAAAAAAACUUGAAUAAAAUGUAUAAAUGA